AUAGUGCUACGACUGAGAGUCCAACUGGUUCGGUUGAAAGCCCCUUGUUUUUUAGUAUGAGACGUUCAUCUUCAAUAUCAGAUUUAAGUUAUUUGAUUCCGAAAACCAAGGAUGAACCAUUUC